CGCGAGAGCAGCCGGCCGCAGAGCCCCUCCUCUGUGGUGUCGCUGGAGGACAGCGGCUCCCUCAUCUACUGCUACCAGGAGGCCAGCGGUGAGUGGAGGGUGCUGACACGCCUGCCCGAGGAGGCCAACGCCAAGGGCUGCGCCAUGUGCGUCCUCCACAACUACCUCUUCCUAGCAGGGGGCAUUGCAUCGGGCAGCGAGCCCCGGGCCCGCCUUUCAGACAAGGUCUUCUGCUACAACCCCCUCACCGACACCUGGAGCCAGGUGCGGCCCCUGGCUCAGCCCCGCUCGCAGCUCAAGCUGCUGGCCCUGGAUGGUUACCUCUACGCCGUGGGCGGCGAGUGCCUCUUCACCGUGGAGAGGUACGACCCACGGGCUGACCGCUGGAGCCCUGUGGCACCCCUGCCCAAGGGCGCUUUUGCUGUGGCUCAUGAGGCCACCACCUGCAAUGGGGAGAUCUAUGUGUCGGGAGGCUCCCUCUUCUAUCGCCUGCUCAAGUAUGACCCCAAGCGUGAUGAGUGGCAAGAGUGCCCUUACAACAGCAGCCGCCGGCGCUCUGCUGACAUGGUGGCCUUCAAGAGCUUCAUCUACCGCUUUGACGUGAGCAGCGGCCGCGGUGGGGAGCAGGGCCCAGGUGGCGGGACUGGUGGUGGUGUCGAAGUUUUCCGGUACAACACGGUGGCCAAGCGCUGGAGCCAGUGUGCCAGCCUGCGGCCCAGCGGUGGCCCCAUCCAGCCCUUCCGCUGCGCCCCCUUGGGCAACACCAUCUACUGUGUCAACCGGACCGGCACCCUCCGCUUCAGCCUAGCCCAGGACGGCGAGGUGGAAGCGGAUGGUGGGCUCAAGGGCACCUUCGACGGGGAGCUUCUUAAAGCUCCCUUGGAUGCUAAGGGUGUCCUCCUACCCUUUGUGCUCACCCUGCCCGAGAGGCUGGACAAAACAGGGGACCAGGAAGGCUCCCUCCCGCUGUGA